AUGAAUGAAUCUAAUGUAUCAAAGACUACAAUACAUAACGGUGAUUGUAACCAUGAUAUAAUGGAAAAUUUUUCAACAUCUUCCAUUAUAUCAUGGACAACGGAUGAUGUUGAGAAAUGGCUUGAAUCUCUAAAUUUAUCUAAAUUUAUCGAUAAAUUAUGCAACGAGAAUGGAAUCGAUGGUUUAACAUUACUUCUCAUGAAAGAAGAUGAUCUUAAACAGUCUCCUCUAUCCAUCGAACGUUUAUGUGAUAUUAAAAAAUUAUGGUAUCAUAUACGUUUACUUCAAUGUAACAGCAACGAAUUUUAUUCGCAUUUAAAUAAUGAAACAAAAAAACAUAAUCAUUCAUCAUUAUCACCAACGCAUUUACUUGAAACAAAUUCACACAAUUCGAGUAGUUCAUGUCAAAUAAAUUAUAAAGAAAAAACUAUUUUCAAAACACCGACAGGAGAAAAACGUAAAACAUUAGUUAGUUUUAUUUAUGCAUUAAUUAGUGGACUAUGGACAUCAUUCAUUAUGGUAGUAGUACAUAAUCGUGUACCCAAUGUACAAAAAUAUCCACCAUUGCCUGAUCUAUUUCUUGAUAAUAUUCCUCAUAUAAGUUGGGCAUUUGCUGUCAGUGAAUUUUUAAUUCUUGUUAUGGGCAUAGUUUUUCUAUUAAUUUUAAUUUUUCAUAAAUAUUGGAGCAUCAUACUUCGACGAUUCUUUGCUCUUGGUGGUACUAUCUUUUUUCUUCGGUCAAUUACAAUGUUGGUUACAUCAUUGAGUGUACCCGGUCCUCAUCUUGAGUGUACGCCAUUGCAAUAUGGAACAACUCGAGAAAUCUUCACACGUUGGCUUCAAAUCUUUCUUUUUCAAGGUCUAUCAAUUCAUGGGAUACGUUCAUGUGGUGAUUAUAUGUUUUCAGGCCAUACUGUUAUGCUAACAUUAUUAAAUCAUUGUAUAACUGAAUAUACAACAUCUGAUUUUUAUGUUGUACAUCUCAUUUCAUGGUUUUGUAAUAUAUUUGGUAUGAUGCUAAUUUUAGCAGCACAUGAACAUUAUACAAUCGAUGUAUUCAUUGCAUUCUUUCUAACAAGUCGUCUUUUUCUUUACUAUCAUUCAUUAGCUAAUAAUGCUGUUUUACACUCAAUAUCAGAUAAUCGUUUAUCAAUAUGGUUUCCAAUGUUUUCAUAUUUUGAAAAAAAUAUCCAAUGUAUGGUGCCCAAUGUGCUACAUAUACCAUGGCCAUUAACAUUGAUUUAUUCGAAUACCGACGAAAAAGAAGAUAAAAAUUUUCUUUUAGAAUAUCAUAAUGAAAGAGACAUUCGUAAACGUAAAUAA